AAAGCAGUUGAUAGCAGGACGGUUUGCAUCCUGGGUGUGAGGGCAUUCUCUGAGCAGAACGAAAAGCCUCACACCAUCUUCAGAAUCCCGGUUUUUCCGGCUGUGUACUCGUAGGCGGAUUGAGCAUAUGGAGGGAGAGCAGGCAACAGAUGCGACGCCAAAGCGGGCCAAGACUGAUGGUACGGGCGAGCGUGAUGAAAUGGAAGACGGGGGCGACGCCAUGAUCGUGGAUGGAGAUGAAGGCUUGAAAAGGGAACCUGACCUGAGAGAAAGGGUUGCGGCCUACCUGCGGGACCCCGCGACGGCCUUAAAGCCAGAUCCUCCAGAUGUGCCAUCUUUCAUGGAAAGCCCUUUUCGCUACAAUCCGAAAGCAAAAAUUCUGAAUCCAGAGGAAACGCAAGGGAAAGUGGAUGCCGACGGGAACACUGCUCUGAUAAUGGCGAUAAAAGCAGGUUCCGAAAAAGCUUUCUUUCUCCUUCUCGACGGGAAAGACCAGGCUUACAUCAACAGGCAAAACUCCAAAGGCGCCACCGCAUUAAACGUGGCGGCCCACCGAGGCUACGUAGCCCCGGUCCGAGAGCUUCUCGACACGGCUCACGCGGACGUGAACAUCCCCAACAGCAGCGGCUCCACCUCCCUCAUCCAGGCCUCCCACUUCGGGCACACGGCGGUGGUUCGCCUCUUGUUGCAGCACGGCGCCGCCGUGGACCUGCCCAACCACAAGGGGACGACGGCCUUGAUGCGAGCGGCGCAGGAGGGCCACGUGGCGGUGGUGGCAGCGCUGCUGAGAACCGGUGGGGACGUGAACCGCCGCAACCACGAGCGGAUGAACGCCCUGAUGCUUGCGUCGCAGCGCGGGCACGACGGGAUUGUGCACAUGCUGAUCAAGCACGGCGCGGACAUCGACUGCCAGACCGUGCAGGGUUCCACAGCGUUGAUGCUGGCCUGCAAGCGCCAGCACGAAGCCGUCGUGCGGGUCCUCUUGACGGCGGGGGCAGAGAUGUUUGUCCGAGACAGUCGCGGACGGACGGCCAGGGACACGGCAGUGAAACGGAAUCACAAGCCCAUCAUCGCCAUGCUGCAGGCAAGCCGACAGGUCCGCCUCAUGCAGCAGGAGGCGCGGAUCGUCCGCUCUCGGGUGCUCGUCCACAUGUACGAGCUCCUAGGCCGAAAACGGGCGGUGCCUAUACCGGAGGUGGCCGCGGGCCUGGCGGCCAGGGAGAAUCGACGGCGGUCUCGCGAGGAGGCACGGCGGGCGCAGACACAGCGUCAGGAGUGGGGGAAGCGGGCUUACGGACGAAAAGGGGGUGGGGAAGGG